UCACGUGACGGUUCAAACGUUUGCCGUCACUUCCGGUAGAUUGCGAGGUGGUGGUGUUGGUGAUGAUGACGAUGAUGCCUUUAUUUUUCUCUUGAAAUAUGAAGUUAUUGGCUGCGCUGACAUGCGUAUAGAGGAUCACAUGACCUCAAAGAAAGAACAUGAUAGGCUGAUAGUUUCUUGCAGCAACAACGCCCUAGCGACCAACGUAUUGACGUGCGUGGGCGGCAAGUGGGUGGGUAGCCUGCCACAGUGUCACAUGUCGAAUAAACAUAAUGCUAUUGCAGACGGCACAAACGACCAGCAACAGUCAUGGAACAGUCUUUCCAUCUUCACUGACAGCUCUCUUGCCAUCCUGUUAACAGUGGGCAUAGGAAUGGCAUUGGGCGUGGUCAUCGGAUCUGUAUUGCUCCUCCUACUGCUGGCUUACUGCAAGAGAAAGGAACUACCACGGUCGCCACAAUACCAGGACCAAUCGUCGCCGCAGAUGUACAAUGACGUCACCAACAACAAACAAUAUUCCAGCUGUUUUAUGGCAGGAAACAACUGCGACCAACUUCCGGCACAUCCCUACUGCACGCAGACAAGCACAUCUCCACAACAACAACAACAUCUUACUGACGUGGAUUACAACAGUUACAACAUACAACAACAACAGAAAAUUAUGGUAAUACCAAAUUUCAACAAUACCGAUACACAGACCAGAUGGACUGAUGAUGACGACAUCAACAACAACAACAACAAUAAUAAUAAUAAUAACAACAACACGAUGGAGCUACUACUCGAUACCGAAUGCAAAAUAAGCCAGCAGCACCAACAUCAGCCCCACCAUCAUCUUCAUCACCAUCAUCUCUAUGACAUCACAGGAUAGUGAUGACGUCAUAAGCGCCACAACAUUUAUUAAUUAUAGAAAUUAAUAACAAUAAA